AAGUCAUUAGGAAAAAACGCUGCCUACCGGAAGUUAGAGGCGCAUCGUUUACACAUAGUGUCUGGUGCUAGUUUUUCCACACACUGCUAUUUGAUUGACUAACUACACUCAGGCAAGCACCCAUCUUUGUCGGGAUGAACUAAACUUACCCCAUUGUGAAUCCCUUUCCAAUCUGAACGCAUGAACAGCAUCACUACGUUGGACAAUAUCACUCCCCUGGAUUCCACGUGAUGAAGAACCACUCCUGCUGAGCAGAAUGCUCCGAGCACAAAAAAAUUAUUUUCCAAGAGUCUGGAAGAUGAGCUCUUCCAUUUUCAUCUUGUGGGAAAUAUUGUGAUAUUGCAUGGCAUAAUGGAGAUAUGACAGGGGUGAAACAGUCCAAAGGAUAUGGUAAUCACUUUGUUGUGUGGCCCAACUGUUGCUUGAGUUUGGAUAUUAUCAGAAAGUCCACUGUGAGUUUUCAAUCAAACCACAGUUAUUUCAAUGGGAAUGGGCAGGGUGGAGAGGUCUAUGAGGUAAAGGGGAGUAUAUUUUUAGGGGAUUAUUAAGUUAUACACAACACAGCCAAAGGACUGAACAUAUCUAGUGUACAAUCUUUAAUUUGAUGUGUGAUGCCAUGGAUGGGGUCAUAAAGAAGGGUUUUUAGGUCAAACUAAACAAAGAAGUGAUUAUUUCACGACUUAAGUAGUCUGUUGACAGCUGAUUUUAUUGGUCAAUUUAAUUUGUAAACUUGAUGUUGGGUCAUUUUUCUCUCACAUGUUCUCUGACUGGGAAUUUGUGUAAAAUGCAUCUGGAUGCCUAGAUUCAAUAUGUUCCGCGGUAGAUCUGCAUUAAUGGGUGCUUAUCGCAAUGUCCGAUUGAGCCCAUAUGCAGCAUUUACCGUGACGAUAACGUUGCCCUUAAAAGGUGCAUAGCGGACAAAGCACGAUUGGAUUGAAUCUGGGACUUAGAAACCUCUCAAUAAUAGUCAGUGAUUGACUGAAUAACAUUUUCAUCCUAAAACAAGCUCCUAAUAUUUUUUUCCUUUUCCUGUUGUGAUAAUGAAAUAAGUCAGAGACUCAUAACACUCAAAUGUUAGUUGUUUGUGCUGUUUCCUAGUGGUGAUGCACCUCCGUUCCUCCAGCUGUCGUGUGCUGCAGAGGCACUGAUUGGGUUAAAAGUCUCAGAGCAUCGUAAACGUCCUAUCAGUGGGCUAGUGCGCAGUCCCAGCCCACCGCCUACCCGAGACAGGGUGCAUGUGUUUGUCAUUCUGCCUGUCCGCUUCCCGGUUAGAAACUAACUUCUUUCGCUGCGACUUGUUGCUCUCUUUUUUUUGGAGUGUUUUGUUGAACAAGUGGUGGAUACUGUAAACCGAAGCCAUUUUCGGUGAAUAUUUUAAACUUCGACGAGCACGAACGGAACGCAAACAUCCAGAGCUCCAACACUUCGAUAAGAGGAGUGGCAAACCCCGCACCAGGCCGGCAGGAAGAGGACCAUGGCCCUGAGCGACGCCAACGGUGACCUCCUGCUCCUCAGCAAUGCCAGCAUGCCACCCAGCGUUACCACGAUGGCCAGUGGCGCCAGCAGCCCAGCUUCCAGUGCCAGCCUCAGCAACACGGAAGGAGGGGACGGCAGCGUUGUUUCCACACCUAGAACACAGCAGAGGCAUAGGCACCAACCAAGGCCAACGCCUCCACACAAGGAGCCCCAGCAGAGAUCCAGAGUGAGUCUGGACGGGGGCGCUGUCAAGCAAAACGGCUCCCUUAGGGCCCCUUCCUCGUCCUCCUCCUCUUCACACCUCACAGACUCUCAAAGGUUGGCCAAGCUCCUGCCCUCCACACUUUCCACCACCACCUCCCCCUCGCCUCCUCAGCCUCCUCCGCUGUCUCCACCUCCCCCGUGCUGCCACCGCUGCCCAUUCCAUCCCCCCUUGUGCUGCCACGGCAACCAGCAGGAGUGCCACAUCUUCCAGACCCAUGCUCCCGCCCUGCAACUGCACCCGGGCUCCUGCUCCUGCUGCCUGCAGGCCUCCCCUCCAUCCCUCUGUUUACACCACCGCUGGCAGGAGCACCUCCAGAACCAGCCCAAUGUGGCCGGCCUCAGCCCUGCAAGGCCUUUUCGGUUCCCCAAAAGCUAUGCAGAGCUGAUUGCUGAUUGGCCAGUGGUGGUCCUGGGGGUGUGUACAGUCCUCAUCGUGGUGUGUGCCCUGGUGGGUAUCCUGGUGCCAGACCUGCCAGACUUCUCAGACCCUUUACUGGGAUUUGAGCCACGAGGCACAGCCAUAGGCCAGCGACUAGUCACGUGGAACAACAUGGUGAAAAACACAGGGUACAAAGCAACCCUGGCUAACUACCCAUUCAAGUAUGCGGAUGAGCAGGCGAAAAGUCACCAAGAGGACAGGUGGGCUGAAGAUCACUUUGACAGAGAUAAAAGACAAGCUGACUGGGACUUCAGUAAAGACAGUUUCUUCUGUGAUGUCCCAGGUGACAGAUACUCUAGAUUAGUAUUCACAUCUGCAGAGGGGAAGAACCUGUGGAACAUACAAGCAAUUAAAUCUAUGUGCAAUUUGGACAAUACACGGGUGCGCUCCCACCCUCAGUACUGGAGCCUGUGCCAGCGCACCACUGACGCCUCCUGCUGCCCCAGCUGGACCCUGGGAAACUACGUUGCCAUCCUCACCAACAAGUCCUCCUGCCAGAAGAUCACAGAGCGCGACGUGUCACACACCCUCAAGAUCCUGCGCUCCUGUGCCAAGUACUACCACAACGGAACCCUGGGUCCCGACUGCUGGGACAUGACCACUCGCCGGAAGGACCAGUCUAAGUGCACCAACGUCCCCCGCAAGUGCACCAAGUACAACGCCAUCUACCAGAUCCUCCAUUUCCUGGUGGACAAAGACUUCCUGAGCCCAAAGAACACAGACUACCUUAUCCCCACCCUUAAACACAGCAUGUUGUUUUCCCCGACAGAGAAAGGGGAGACCAUGAUGAACAUUUACCUGGACAACUUUGAGAACUGGAACUCCUCGGACGGCGUCACCACCAUCACGGGGAUAGAGUUCGGUAUCAAACACAAUCUGUUCCAGGACUACCUACUGACGGAUACCGUGUAUCCAGCCAUAGCCAUAGUAAUUGUGCUGGUUGUGAUGUGUGUGUACACCCGCUCUGUGUUCAUCACCCUGAUGACCAUGAUUGCCAUCAUCAGCUCCCUAAUCGUGUCCUACUUCCUGUACCGCAUGGUGUUCGACUUUGAGUUCUUCCCCUUCAUGAACCUCACGGCACUCAUCAUCCUGGUGGGCAUCGGGGCAGACGACGCCUUUGUCCUCUGUGACGUGUGGAACUACACCAAGUUCGACAAGCCCAACGCUGAGCUGUCGGAGACAGUGAGCAUCACUCUGCAGCACGCCGCCCUUUCCAUGUUCGUCACCAGCUUUACCACGGCCGCCGCCUUUUAUGCCAACUACGUUAGCAACAUCACCGCCAUCCGCUGUUUCGGCGUCUACGCCGGCACGGCCAUCUUGGUUAACUACAUACUGAUGGUGACCUGGCUGCCAGCCGUGGUGGUGCUCCAUGAGCGUUACCUGCCCAACAUCUUCACCUGCUCUAAACCUCCCCACCAGCAGACAGGGCUUUGCACCCGCACCCUCUGGGCCAAUCUGUGCCAGAAAGCAAACAAGUGCCUGUUCACCAUCUCUGAGGCUUCCAGGAUCUUCUUUGAGAAGGUGCUGCCGUGCAUCGUGAUCAAACUGCGUUACCUCUGGCUUUUCUGUUUCUUGGCCUUCACAGUGGGAGGGGCGUACGUGGUGUGUGUCAACCCCAAGAUGAAGCUACCCUCUCUGGAGCUGUCUGAGUUCAAAGUGUUCCGAUCCUCCCACCCGUUUGAGCGUUACGACGCUGAGUACAAGAAACUGUUCAUGUUCGAGAGGGUCCACCAUGGGGAGGACCUGCACAUGCCCAUCACCAUCAUCUGGGGGGUCACCCCCGUGGACAACGGGGACCCCCUCAACCCCAAGAACAAAGGCAAGCUGAUGCUGGACAACACUUUCAACAUCGCCAGCCCGGCCUCCCAGCUGUGGAUUCUCAACUUCUGCCAGAAGCUGAGGAACCAGAGCUUCGUGUUCCAGUCGGAGGAGCAGGACUUCACCAGCUGCUUCAUCGAGACCUUCAAGCAGUGGAUGGAGAACCGGGACUGUGAAGAGGCCUCUGUCUACCCCUGCUGCAGCCAGUCUACCUUCCCCUACAAGCAGGAUGUCUUUGAGCUAUGCAUCAAGAGAGCCAUCAUGGAGCUGGACCGCAGCACCAGCUUCCACCUGGACAGUAAGACCCCCGGUCCUCGCUUCGACAUAAACGACACCAUCCGGGCCAUCGUCCUGGAGUUCAAGAGCACCUACUUGUUCACACUGGCCUAUGAGAAGAUGCACCAGUUCUACCACGAGGUGGACACCUGGAUUCAGGAGGAGCUGAAGAAUGCCCCAGACGGGCUGAAAUACGGCUGGUUCGUCAGCAACCUGGAGUUCUAUGACCUGCAGGACAGCCUAUCAGACGGCACGCUCAUCGCCAUGGCGUUGUCCGUGGUGGUGGCCUUCGUGGUCAUGCUCCUCACCACCUGGAACAUCAUCAUCAGCCUCUACGCCAUCCUCUCCAUCGCGGGGACCAUCUUCGUCACAGUGGGCUCGCUGGUGCUCCUGGGCUGGGAGCUCAACGUGCUGGAGUCGGUCACCAUCUCGGUGGCAGUGGGUCUGUCGGUGGACUUCGCCGUGCACUACGGAGUCGCCUAUCGCCUUGCCCCCGAGCCUGACCGCGAGGGGAAGGUAGUCUUCUCUCUUGGCCGGAUGGGUUCUGCUAUCGCCAUGGCGGCGCUCACCACCUUUGUUGCCGGGGCGAUGAUGAUGCCGUCCACGGUGCUGGCCUAUACCCAGCUGGGCACCUUCAUGAUGCUCAUCAUGUGCAUCAGUUGGGCCUUUGCCACAUUCUUCUUCCAGUGCAUGUGCCGUUGCCUGGGCCCCCAGGGCACCUGCGGACAGAUCCCCCUGCCCAAGAGGUUUCAGUGCCAGGCUUUCAAAGAGGGCACCACCAACGUCCCCUCGCCCCAGGGCAAGCAUGGCACCAAGUACCAACUGGACAGUCGAGGAGGAGAGGUGGAGCAUGAGCAUUACGAGCUGGAACCGUUAGCCUCGAACCAAAAGAACGAGGAGAAACCUGCAGAGGAACAGGAGACGUGCACCCAGCUCUAUAAUGGAAUAGCCCCCCACUCUGCCCCCUGCACACACAUCCCCUUUAAGAGCAAGGCAGAGUCUGGCAGAGGUCCCUGCUCUGAAAAUGGACUGGGCAUACUGGCGACUGACGCCACACCCAGAUGCCAGUACUCCCAUAACACAACCUGCACAUGUGGAGAUCCCCCUCACCAGUCUAUGGGUAUGCAGUGGACCCCCCACCCAUGUACUCAAGCCACCCAGGAGUCCCCAUUCCCCCUCACAGGCAGCCAUGCCAACAAAGGCCAGACCCUCCUUUCCACUCUGGACGCAGUCUACAAACCAAUAGGUUGCCGUAUGCACUAUGUCCACUGUCCCCCAGCCCAUUUCCACCACUGCACCCCGGGCAGGGUGCCCAGACAGGGCCCUCACACCUGCCACCUCAGAAACUACUGUGUUCACACUGUCCCCCUCACAGGUGGCCUCCCCAGGGACCAACACUCAGCCCCAGCUGGGCUGGAGGAAGUACACCGGACUGGAGCAUCCUCUGGCCCUAGUGGCAGCCCCACCACCCCAGCCCAGACUCACAGGCCUCCUGCCUCCGCUCUGGGCUGCACAUUAGCUCACAUACACACAGGGUGCUGCAUAGCCAAUCAUGAAACACAGAGGGCGGAAGAGAAAACGGUAAACGCUCCAAGGGAUCAGAGCGUGGAUAAUUUUGUGUCCACUACGAUGCAAAAGGACGCUUGUCAUAAGAUGCCUGGCAACAAGAAGCUUGAAACCAGUACUACUCCCGUCACAUGGGAAGAAAGUGUCAAAACGUGCAAACAGAACCCCAAAAAAGAGAGGGCAUCCUCAGCCUCUCCCAAGAAACUCUACUGUUUUAACAGGACUUUAAAAGUAAAGUGCAAUUCUGUUGAGUUUAACGCGCCAAAAGCUGAUGCCAAUGUGCCUGCUCUUGCAAUAAAUUCAAAACCCGCAUCUGAAAGUUUAUGUUGACAGCAAAGAGACUAUAUCUAAAGAGUAAACUUUUGUCAUAUCAAGCUGUCAUGAGCAGUGUCCCUGUGCAAUUAAAGUGUUUGGGAUAUUUCACUGACCAAGUGCCUUAUGUCGUUCAUGUAAAAGUAUGUCCCUAUAUAUUCUGUGAUUACUGUUUCUACUGUGCAGAUAUUGGUUUGAUCGGUCAGAUGUACUGUAUUAUUUUUGAGUACACUGAAAUUUUAUGAAGCUCUAACCUGUUUAAGGAAUGGUGAACCAUUGACUUUAUUCCAUAAGAACCACAGGCCUUAGUAGUCUGUUUCACGUUGCCACAUGCCUUUUGGUCCAAUAUGAAAGAUGUACUGUAUGAUUAUAAAGUCAUUUUAACAAGA